AUGCAGUAUUGUGACGCUGCACGAUAUCGUGCACGAACAAAACUCACUGAUUUUCGUUUUCGAAUAGAUGGCGCGUAUCGACCACCGGACGUGCUACUCGGCUCCAGAGAUUAUUCGACAUCACUUGGUCUCUGGUUCGUUUUGCUAUCGUCUAUUUUUCCAACACUUCCUGAAAGGUUUGGCAGUCAAAAAUCCAAUGACAGUCUUGAAAAAUAUAGGUUUUCUCAGAGGUGCUGGUUACAUAUUUACCGAAACAUCUAUGAGCACUGCGCUCUUUCCGGCGACGGAAGAUGUAACAGACCAACUGGAUCGAGUAUUCAUUAUCAAAGGUAA